GCGCUUGGUAGUAUCAUACUCAACUCAAUUAACUAAAAUAUUUGUCUUCAACUUUUUAUCUUAUAAAAAGUCAGAAACCAAGGGACUGAAAAUACGAAAAUAUUUGUCUUCUAAAAUUGGCGUCAGUGGCAGAGCAGAAUGUCAACUUGUGGAGUUUAGACAUCAAUAUCCUCACGCGGCAGGGAAGAACAUGACUCAUUCUUCAAACUUAUCACUAAGUUUGGAUGUUUAUUAAUUAAACUUCUGCUAAAUUAGAUUAUUAAAAGGAAUAUAACAUAACAAUUUUGAUUAUUUGUUCUGUAGUUAAAAAGGAAAAAACCUUCUAACUGUGCAAGUUCUGUGAACUAAAUUCUUCCAUUGUCCAAACUCUGUUAGGUUGCUGUUCUUUCUUUCUUCCUCCCCAACUAUUCCUCCUCACAAAGUGAGAUAUUAGAAAUGUUAACUUUAGUGAAGAUCACUGGUAACUUGACCUAGCAACACUUUAAUCUAUUACUUGUUAUAUGUUUGCAUUAACCUAAACUUUUUAAUCAAAUCUUCCAUCAUGCAUAACAUUUUUCUUUAAUUCUUUUGCUUCUGCUCCUAAACUGUACAUAAACUGUACAUAGUGCUGACAUGGGCGGAUGUACUCGCUGUGUAUGCAAUGUGGAUGACCAUGGUAUACUUGACUGAGGUAUGGAAGCUCAAUUUCACACAUGCUGCUGCAAUUGUCAAUUUGUUCUGGGGCAUUGUAGCAAUACUACCAGUGGGCUUGCAAUUUCUUGUGGAUGCUUUCAUGGGUAACUAUUGGAUGGUCUUGGUCUCCAGUUUCGCCUACAGUGCUGGUUUAGGUUUUUUGUCAAUGUCAACACCACCAGUUCUUGCUAGGGCAACAGGCACUUGCAGCGCAUAUGAGCCGGAGUGCAUAGGCCAAGGACAAAAAAUCCUCUUUUAUACAGCAAUAGUUCUAAUAGCUGUGGGAAUGUCUGGUCACUUAACCUCGUUAGGGGCAUUCAUUGCUGAGCAGUUUAUGGACUCACAAUCAGACCUUGAAGACAGCAUGCCCUGUCACUUUUUCCUGAGCUUCUUGAUGGUGAUCCUCAUCCCUAUAGCCGGAGUUUUUGCUAUUUAUUAUAUAAAGCCUUGGUCAAUUAGGUAUGGCAUCCCAGCCAUAUGUACCUUGGUAGCAACACUUAUUUUCUUGACUGGUUCGUGUUCAUAUCACACUCAUAGAGCACAAGGCAGCCCUCUCACUACUCUGUUUAGGGUCUUUGUGGCCUCUGCCUCCAAAAUUUUCAGAAGAUGCCCGAGAGAUGCCUCUCAGCUCUACGAAAGACGUGAUGAUGGUUAUCAGAUAUCUCAUACUCCUUGCCUCAGGUGUCUAGACAAGGCUGCGAUUAUAUUAGCCACCCAACCUCUAGAGCAACAACAAAAUAAUAGGUGGAGGCUUUGCAGAGUCACAGAAGUGGAAGAAACCAAAAGCAUCCUGUGCAUGAUUCCCAUAUGCACAAUCUUUAUCCUAAUGGGUGUUGUAUCUUCUAUUGGGAAUACCUACUUCAUCGAGCAAGCAACCCACAUGAAUCACAAAGUUGGACGCAUAAAGGUUCCUCUUCCAAUCCUUCUAUGGUUCUAUGACCAUGCCAAACAACAAUUUGCCAAAAUCUACUUCCAAAUUGGAGGACUAACAAGGUAUGGCCCCCCAAUUGGAAUUGCUGUGUCAAUGAUAUUUGCAAUUCUAUGUUGUAUCACGGCUGCAAAAGUGGAGACAAGAAGGUUAGGCGUGGUUAAUAGCCGCGGUCUAAUUGACAAGCCUGAGGAAACAAUUCCCAUGAGCAUCUUUUGGUUGCUUCCACAGUUUCUUCUCCUCGGAGGCCUUGAUGGGAUUGCAGACAAUAGCAUUGGUUGGUUCUUCAUUAAUCAGGUCCCUCCAUCCAUGGCUCGGUACAUGGUUCUAUUUGCUAUUGCUGUUUUUGGAAUGGGGAUUAUGGGCAGUGUCUUGUCAGUUUAUCUAGUGGGUGAGAUAAGUGGAAGGGGAGGGAAACCCAGUUGGUUCCAAGAGACUCUAAACCAGAGUCGUUUGGAUCAAUAUUAUUGGACCUUGGCUGCAUUGGCUGCAGCUAAUCUUGUUCUGUAUGUUUUGAUGAGCAUUUGGUAUGCUUAUAACGAUUCAAGGUCGGAGGACGACGAAGCACCUGAUUAUGGGGAAACUGCUGAGCCAUUUGAUGAUAAUGUGCAAUGCUGCUGCUGUUGUGCAUAGAUUUUCCUACGGAUAUGCAUAUGUGUAGCCAUGUUUCUUCCAUAAAUACAAAUCUUUUCACGUUAAAUAAAGAAAGGAAAGAAAUAAGAUAAUCAUUUUAUCUAAGUCAUGCAUGGUUUGUAUAAUGAUGCACUCUACUUGUUGUUGGGGUUGCUAUUGGAUUUGUACCUAUUGCUAAUGAGCCAUUUGGUUCCAAGACACUCUAAACAAGCACAUGUGUUCUUUAUAUUUUCAGUGCAAGUGAAAGCUCCAUUCAAAGAAACCUCUGCAAAUGACAUUCCCUCCCUAUGCAAGCAAUAUUUUUAACAAAUUUGACUAAUGUGAGCGCUGAUGUGGACUAAUCUACUAGCUGCAUAUGCAAUGUGGAUGACCAUGGCAUACUUAACUGACGCAUGGAAGCUCAACCUCAACCACGCCGCUGCAAUUGUCAAUUUGUUCUGGGGCAUGGCGGCCAUAAUGCCAGUGGGCUUGCAAUUUUUUGUGGAUACUUUCAUGGGUUACUAUUGGAUGGUCUUGCUCUCCAGUUUUUCCUACAUCGCUGUAAGUGUCACAAAAUCACUGUAAUUCUAAGCAGAAUAUGAUCACCAUAUAUUUAAUCAUUUUGGAGUGCAGGGCUUAGGUUUUCUGUCAAUGUUAACACCACCAGACCUUGCUGCUGCAACAGCCACUUGCAGCGCAUAUGAUCCCGAGUGUAUCAGCCAAGGGCAAAAAAUCCUCUUUUUCACAGCUUUAGCUCUAAUAGCUGUGGGAUUUUCUGGUCACUUAGUCUCCGUACCACAAUUCAUGGCUGACCAGGACUCACACUCAAACCGUAGAGACAGCAGCCUCCGUCACUUGGUCAUAAGCUUUAUGGUGAUCCACGUCCCUAUAGCUGGAGCUUUUGCUAGUUAUUAUAUAAAGCCUUGGUCAAUGAGGUAUGGCAUCCCUGCCAUAUGUACCUUGGUAGCAACACUUAUUUUCUUGACUGGUUCGUGCUCAUAUCGCACUUAUAGACCAUACGGCAGCCCUCUUGCUAUUCUGUUUAGGGUCUUUGUGGCCUCUGCCUCCAAAAUUUUCCAGAAACACCCCAGAGACCCCUCUCAUCUCUACGAGAGACGUGAUGAUUAUUAUUUGAUACCUCACACUCGUCACCUCAGGUGCCUAGACAAGGCUGCAAUUAUAUUAGCCACCCAACCUCUAGAGCAACAAGAAAAUAAUAGUUGGAGACUUUGCAGAGUCACAGAAGUGGAAGAAACCAAAAGCGUCCUAUGCGUGAUUCCCAUAUGCAUGACACUUAUCCUAAUUGGUGUUGUAUCUUCAAUUGGAACUAGUUUCUGCAUUGAACAAGCAACCCACAUGAAUCACAAAGUUGGGCGCAUAACAGUUCCUCUUCCAAUCUUGGUAUGGUUCUAUACUCUUGCCAAACAACUAUUUGGAAAACUCGACUUCCAAAUUGCAGAACUAACAAGGUAUGGUCCCCGAAUUGGAAUUGCCGUGUCAAUGAUAUUUGGAAUUCUAUGCUCAAUCACAGCUGCAAAAGUGGAGACACGAAGGUUGGGCGUGGUUAAGAGCCACGGUCUAAUCAACAAGCCUGAGGAAACGGUUCCCAUGAGCAUGUUUUGGUUGCUUCCACAGUUUCUUCUCCUCGGAGGCUUUGAAGGGAUUGCAGAAAGUAGCAUUGGUUCGUUCUUAGUUAAGCAAGUCCCUCCAUCCAUGUAUCGGUGCAUGGUUCGGUUUUGUGUUGCUCUUUUGGGAGUGGGGAGUAUAGGCAGUGUCUUGUAUGUUUAUGUAGUGGGUGAGAUAAGUGGACAGGAAGGGAAACCCAGUUGGUUCUAAGACACCCUAAACAAGAGUCGCUUGGAUCAUUAUUACUGGACCUUGGCUGCAUUGUCUGCAGCUAAUCUUGUUCUGUAUGUUUUGGUGAGCUUUUGGUAUGCUUACAAGGAUUCUAGGGCGGAGGAUGAGGAAGCUCCUGAUUAUGAUGAAACUGCUGAGCCAUUUGUUGAUGAUAAUGUGCAGCUCUGCCAGGCAUAAUUUUGUAUCUACGGUUUAUAUUACAUGUCUCUUAUAUCUUUUCUUGGACGAGAUUAUGUGAUUACAAUUCCACAGCUGUGAUGAGUAAAUAGUUGUAAAGAUUUGUAUUGAAAGGUGAUGUCGAAUAAAAGUGAUACAGAGUACUUGCCACUUAAAGAUCUGUGAUGUCUUUAACGACAUCUCAAUUCUCAUAUGGAUGGAGGAGGCGAACAUAUUUGUAUGUGUGGAUAAGUAAUUUUCAACUUGAAGGAUGAAGUUAGAUUUUGUUUUCUAAAUAAAGUAAGCUGGUAGAGCAGAAUGUCAACUUCUGGAGUUUAGACAUCGUACGCGGCAUUCUUCAAACCUAUCACUGUUUUCAAAAUUCUCAGAAACAAGUGUGUAUUUUGAAAUAAUGGUUUCGUACGUAGGAAAAACUCUGUUAGGCUGCUGUUCUUCCCAAAAGUUAUCUCUACUGUACUUGGAAAUGUUAUCAUCUGUAGUCCAGACUCCAGAGUUGGUGUGUUUAGACUAUAGUUUUAGCCAUUCAAUUAUCACGCUGCGUCACAUCCACAAUACCACUGAAACAUAACAAAUACGUAUAAAUACAAUAUACUUAAUCUUAUCAGUCCCUAAAAACUACACAUCUCACCAAAAGAUCCAGUACAAGAUUAAUUGCAGUCAAUGCAGCCAAGGUCCAAUAGUAAUUGUCCAAACGACUCCUGUUUAGCGUGAACUGGAACCAACUGGACCCUCCCACCCUUGCACUUAUCUCACCCACUGCAUAAACUGACAACACACCACAUAUAAUUCCCACUCCACUAACCGCUUGAGCAAAUAUUUUCAUCUACAUAUUCUUGGACUCUUUUGUUGCCUUGUCUUCCUCCGGGGUUUUAAUUUCCAGCUUAUCAGUGAAGAAACAAACAAUGCUCUUCUCUGAAAGCUCUUCAGCUAAUCCGAGAAGAAGAAACUGUGGAACCAACCAAAACAUGGUCAUGGAAAUUGUUUUCGUGUCCUCGAUCAAACCCUCACUCCUCACUGUUGAUUAUGGCUCAACUUGCACCGAAAGAACUUUGUGCUAUCAUGUGGGAGGAUGCUGUCAUGUGGGGGCAGCAGCUUUGCAGGUGAAUAACAA